AUGAGUCUACCACCACAAACGAUUGCUGCAUCAAACAACUUAAGCGAAAAGAAGCCGAGAUUAUUACAAAGAAACAGCAGCCAAUUACUUCAACAUGCUACAUUAAAAUUCGGCCUAAGAAGGUCACUUACAACUGCAUCGAGGACUCAGCAGCAACCACAGCAACAAUCACCACAACAACCAUACAUCAAGCCAAGGCCUUCCACAUCAUCUGUGUCAUUCUCGACGCAUACGAAUUUACUGACGAACGGAAACACUAAGCGCUACAAUCGUCAUGUCCAGGAUAAUGUGCCGCAAUCUGCUGCAAACAGCUUUGCAUCUGAUUCAGUUACCAGUCAAACCCUAUCUUCUUAUAAUUCAACCACUACACCGCCAUUGACAUUUACAAACAAAAGUAAAAUGACUGCAUUGUAUCAAGAUAAGGCCAACAACAGACUGUUGUCUGCUAUACCCGAGAAUAAGCAGCAGGGUGCGUUCAGGAUGUACAGUAACACUGCUACUGCUACUGCUACUGCUUCUACAUCAGGUUACUACCGAGCCUUUUUAUCUAGCAUCGCCUUUGAACUGAAGAGACGCAUUAUCACGAAUGACAGAAUCAAAAACGACAUCGAGUACAACAAUGUGUUUGAUGGAAAAGAGGCCAUUGACAAAUUGAAAGAGAUUCUCGGUACAACAGAUCGUUCACUUGCAUUGCGAGUAGGCAGAGCAUUGGAGGCACAACGGUUCUUUCAUGAUGUCAAUUAUGAAAAUAGACUCAUUGAUGACAUUAUCGAAAUUUAUCAAUUUAAUCAAGUCUUAUUCCACAGCAACAAUCGAAGCUCAAGUACCACGAGUACGACAAGCAGUAACAGCAGCGGUUGGGACAACUCUUUUUCGGUUACUUCGACCAUUAUUGGAAACUACGCUAGUGAAGAUGAGGCAGAAGAGGAUGACGAUCAUGAUUCACUUCAUACCGACACCACAGCAGCCACAAGCACGCACUCUCCAAGUCAUAGUCAACAACAGCAACAGCAACAACAAGGCCAGCAUCAGCAGCCGCACAAUCACAACAGCAAUAGCCAUUUGCUACUGCCCAACGGUAUUUAUACAGAACUCACUCAUUGCUAUACUCCCACUUGUGAUAAUAUACAUCCGUGUUACAGUUACACCUGUCCCAAAAGAGAAAGACUGAGAAAAAGGCCUCAUAGUGUAGACACCAGAGAGAAACGAGUGACGGCCUACAUUUACGAAGUUGAGAAACAUCAGCAGCUAUGGAGUCAAACCAUCGACGACUACAUUGUGCUUUCUACGCCUGCGACAGAACGAAAGCGACAAGAAACCAUCUUUGAGUUGAUUUACACAGAAGAGAAUUUUUUGAACGACUUGGACUAUGUGAUCAAAAUGUGGAUGGAGCCCCUCAAGAACAGCGACAUUAUCCCUAUACAACGCCGAGAGCGAUUCCUGGACAAGGUCUUUUCAAAUCUCAUAGACAUUCGUAACAUUAGUACUGCAUUAACACUAGCACUUCGAGCAAGACAAUCUCAACAUCCUAUUGUGUCACAAAUAAGCGAUAUCAUGGAACGUUUUACAACUGAAUUUGAACCGUUUGUCUAUUACGGUGCUAGACAACAUCAGGCUAAACAUGUAUACGAACAUGAGAGAUACAACAAUCCUAAAUUUGCACUAUUUGCCGAGCAAACGGAAAGAGACGCUUCAUCGAGAAAAUUAGAGCUGAAUGGCUACCUCACAAAACCCACGACUCGCCUUGGCAGGUACACGCUGCUGCUGGACAAGAUACACGCUCGCACAUCACCCAAUCACCCCGACAAGGAUAAUAUACCACGCAUCAUCAAUGCCAUCAAGCAGCUAUUGCAGAGAGUGAACAGUGCGGCUGGAGCAGCCAAGAACCGAUUUGAUUUGGAGCAGAUACAUCGCCAUUUAACAUUUAAAAAUAAAAGAGAUAUCAUGGAUCUGCGCCUUCUGGAUCAAGGCAGAAGCAUUAUAAAGCAAGGCACGCUAAGAAAGACAGCAAGCAUGGAUUCAACAGAGUAUCAGGUCAUUUUGUUUGAUCAUUAUCUGGUGACUGCAAAAGUCAAAGUGCUGAAUGCAGUGGAGCAUUACUGUGUUCAAAAGAGGCCUAUUCCCAUUGAAUUAUUAGGUGUCAUCCUGCCGCCUUUGCCAGACCUCUGUACAUUGCAACGAAAGAAAUCGACUGGCACACUGUUCUUUUCUUCGCUGGCAUCACCAGCACCUGCACAUACGCCUAGCAGUAGUAACAACAACAGAAUAGCUCCCAGCACUGCACACAACCAAAUCCUGGAUAGUGGCCCCAAACAGGGCGCACCUAUUACACUCUUUCAUCAAGGCAGAAAUGUGGAUAGUAUGUAUACGUUGUAUGCCCCAACCGAGCACAACCGAAAGACAUGGAACGAGAUUAUACAAAAGCAGCGAGAAAUCAAGCUUAAACGACAGCCUCUAUUCGAUAUAGUGGACAGUGUCAAACGAUAUGAGUUUUUUGCAGAGAUUAGAGCCCACCACAUGGUGAUAUUUGAUCAGGGGCAAUCCUAUUUACUAGCGACAGACGGUGGGCUUUACAUUGGCCCGAACAAUGGCACAGGCAUACCACGCAAGAUUUUACCGCUAGAGAAAGUAUAUCAAGUGCAUGUCCUGGAAGACUACCAACUGUUGCUUGUGCUAGCGGAUCACAUACUAUGGCAAUACCCGCUGGACAUUACUAUCAAUGGCAGACCUGAUGGAAGUCAAAGUAUACAGCAUUUUGGAAGAAAAAUACGAUCCAACGUCUCAUUUUUUCAUGUGGGCGAGUGCUUGGGGCAAACUCUGAUCUGUGUGCCCAAGUCGUCCUCUGUUAAUGGCACUGAAAUCGAUCUGUAUGAGCCCUCCAUGCCAAAAACCGAGAUGAAAAAGAAGAGUCUGUUGGGCAGACUGUCCAUCCGAUCCACCAGCUCACUGUCACUGAUCAACACACAGGUAACCCAUCUCAAGCCAAUCUACAGCCCCUGCGAUGUGUGGGCUAUUGACAAUACCCGUUCCAUGCUGCUACUGACUACGCCUGUGGGUAUCAUUGCGGUGGAUAUGAAGACAAAAAAAGCGGAUCGCUUACUGGAUCCGUCAGACAAAUACUUGGAGUUUAUCACUCGACAUGAAAAGGUCGAUGAGCAAAUCAAGAUGAAUCCGGUAAUAAAGCGUAUUGCCGUGUUUCCAGUGCCAAAUGGAGACUAUCUCAUUUGCUACGACAGAUUCGCGUUUUACAUUGACAGAAAGGGUAGACGCUCUCAGCACAAGUUCAAGAUUGAAUGGGAAGGGCAUCCGACAGCCUUUGCAUUCCAUUAUCCACACGUGAUUGCAUUUGAACAGCAAUUCAUCGAAAUUAGAAGUGUCAUUGACGGACAUUUACAACAAGUAAUACAAGAGAAAAACGUUGAUUGUUUACAAAAUGGACACAAGUCCAAAGAAGCGCUUAUAUUAGGCACCAUGUUGGAUAGAUCAAACCCUCUCUACCAGCAAAUAUUCCAACUACAGCCAAUUUCACAAUGA